CGUUGGCGGGAGGUGGGACGGUUAGGAAUGUUAAAAUCGUUAAAAUCAUCUAGCAAUCAAUAAAUAUGGAUCUGGAAGAGCAAUGCACUCUUAUAGACCUGCUCGAAAAAUUCCCCAACUUGUGGGACAAAAAACACAAGAUAUACAAAGAUACAUUAGCAGCAGAAAAUUCAUGGGAGACAAUUUCCUCCAUUAUGGAAAAAUCCGUAAAAGAAUGUAAAGAAGCAUGGGAGUACCUUCGAUUGAAAUAUAUAAGAGAAAGAAGGCUUAUUAAAAAAGUACCCUCCGGGUCUGGUGCUACUAAAGCAGCCUAGGUUCUUUUUGAACGUUUGGGUUUUUUGGAGAAAGUCACACAAAGCAGAAUGACAAGAGGUAAUAUAAAACCAUCCAAUGUUUCUCAGGAAUCUGAAACGCAGUCUUGGUCAGAAGCCAUUGUUCUAAUUGAUGGCCAAAGAGUAGAAGGUGAAAGUGAAAUUCUCUCUUCAACUCCAAUAAGUGAGAGUCCUAUGGAAGUUGAAGACGAAACCUCGAACACUGAGUCAGAAGCAACAUCUCUGCAUAGUGAGAAUCCUGCAAAACUAAUUAAACCUCGAACUGCUUCAGUAAAUCAAAACAUUCAAAAUCUAAGACUUAAAAAAAACAUUGAAAAAAAUGAAUUCAAGAAAAGGAAAAAUGAUUCUAUUGAUUCUUUAGUCUCAACGUGUGUGCAAAUAGGUCAGAAUAUUGAAACUAUUGUUAAAGACUCAGUUGAUAAGAACACAGUCAACAAUUUGCCGGAAAAUAAGGCCAAUUAUCAUUUUCUGUUAGCUAUGAUGGUGUAUAUGGAAAAAUUACCUGAUGUCAUAAAAUUGCGACUCCAAUCUAAUUUUCUAGAACAACUCGCGAAUGAGGUAGAAAAACUUGGUCUUUAAAAUUUUUUUCUUUCUCCAAAAAACCCAUAUUUCAAGAAAAAUUUAGGCUUUAGUAGUGUUAUACAGUGUGCGCAUGGGUUUUCUUGUCAAAUGGCAAACUUUUAUUUUCAAUUUUUCAAAAAAAAAUUUACUCUUCAUAAAAAUUUUUGCUUGUAUAAAAAAUACGAAUUGCAUAGAAAAACUAUCUGUUUUUUAUACAGGGUUCUCAAAAAUUCAAAAUUUUGCCUUUUAUCAAAAGUAAUACCCUUAUUUUUACUUUUUGAGGAAAAUAAUUAUAAGAACAAAUUAUUGAUAAUCUCUUGCUAAGUCAGAAUCCCAGAUAUCAAGAAGAAUUUGAAUUUUUUGACAACCUUGUAUAAAAACAGAUUUUUUCCUAAGCAAUUUGUAAUUUUAAACAAGCAAACAUUUUUUGAAGAGUAACUUUUCGGAAAAUUGAAAAUAAAUUCUUUUCAUUUAGCAAGAAAAACCACGCUAACGCUGUAUUACAGAGAGGCAAUUAACCCCUACUGGUUAUAGGUAGGCAGUGGU